AUGUCAUCCGGCUUGAUCCUGGCCUUCAUGUCGGUGGAUCGCUUCAUAGCUAUACGCUUUCCGAUGGCCGCCAAGAGGAUAUGUACACCGGCCAAAGCUAAAGUUACUAUAGUCACUACAGCAGUUAUAGUUAUUACUUUAAAUGUUUCUACCUUCUUCGUUCACACUUACACAAAGGAUGAGGCGUCAGGACAUCCGGAAUAUGAACUUCUGUUCAGCAACUUCCAGAUGAUAUUCGGCAGUGUCCUUCCGUCCAUGAUAAUCAUGGGAAGCAACCUCGGUAUCAUCGUGACCGUCCGCCGGGCGUCAAGGAAACGAGCUGUGAUGUCUGGGCAGGAUGGACAGGUCAAGGACAGCCAGUUGACGCGGAUGCUGAUUGUAGAUGAGGCGUCAGGUCUCGAGAGCAUUUUUCUGUCUGUCCCAGGACAUCCGGAAUAUGAACUUCUGUUCAGCAACUUCCAGAUGAUAUUCGGCAGUCUCCUUCCGUCCAUGAUUAUCAUGGGAAGCAACCUCGGUAUCAUCGUGACCGUCCGCCGGGCGUCAAGGAAACGAGCUGUAAUGUCUGGGCAGGAUGGACAGGACAAGGACAGCCAGUUGACGCGGAUGCUGAUUGUAGGAUAG